AAUGGAAGCGAAGUUUCCAAUAAACCUCCUGUAGAAGUUUCCAAAGACAAGGAACAACUGAACUUCCUUCAGGUUCUUUGGUAUUGGCCAUGCCGCGAUGCCUUCGACCUUGACUGGAUACAUAGAUAUACUGUCCGUGGAGAUGAUAAAUCCGAGGUACUUGACUGUGUCCACCUCAAAGGAGCAUUUAGAAGGUUUCAAGAAGAGAUCAUUGUCCAAAAGUAUUUGCAUGACUUGUGUCAU